CUGUGUCACCCUUGUCCGCAACUGCCACCCUUUGCGAUCUUCUAAUUGCAAAUAAUGAACGUUUGGACUGAGCACCGAAAUCCGGAGGGUCGCACUUAUUGGUUCAAUACCGGAACCAGAGAAAGUGUCUGGGAGAAACCAGAUGACCUCAAAUCUCCCUUCGAGCGUGCUUUGAAUCAAACCAAGUGGAAGGAAUACUUUUCAGGUGGUCGGAAGUACUACUAUAAUACCGAGACAAAAGAAUCGAAAUGGGACAUGCCUGAUGAGCUCCUACUAGUUCUUGAGAAGGUGGAGAAGGAGAAAGUGGCUCCCCUUGCUGGUGCGAUCACAGCUCCUGGAUUUAUACCGGUGGGUAGUUCCACCCCCGCCAUCCCAUCGUUGGAAACAACAACAAACGGAGUAGUAGGAGCACAUACUGGCGCCCUUCCUCUUGCCUCGUCAACUGUUCUUCCGGCACGUCCCAAUCUUCCUGAGGACCCUGUCAUCCCACACAACGGAUUUGUGACUGUCGAAGAGGGAGAGAAAGCCUUUUCUCACCUUUUAAGGAAGGCUGGAGUAGAUCCAAGUUGGACCUGGGAUCAAACUAUGCGAGCUAUCAUCACGGAUCCAUUGUAUAAGGCACUAAAUACAUUGGCAGAAAAGAAAGCUGUUUUCGAAAAGUACACGACCAAUCUGAAAGUUAAAGAGCAAGAGGAGAAGGAAGCAAGAUUAGCCAAGCUACGUCCUGCUAUCCGGAAUAUGCUCAAAGGAAACCCAAAUGUGUUUCACUAUACGACUUUCAACACUGCAGAUAAGCUUUUCUCUCAACACCCUAUCUGGCAGCAAGCCAAGAUUGAGUCCGAGCGUAAACUGAUCUUUGAAGAGUACGUUGCCGAAUUGAAACAGCGCGAAGUGCAAGAAAGUCGUGCUGCACGUUCUCGAAGUGUGGCUAAAGUUGUCAAUUUAUUCAAGCAGCUCGAUGUCGAUGUUCUUACUCGGUGGAGGCAAGCUCACAAUCUCAUUCUCGAAUCUGAGGAAUGGAACUCGGAUUCCGAAUUAAGAAAGUUGCCAACUCUGGAUAUUCUUCUGGCUUUCGAAGACUACAGUCGGGUUCGGGAGAGAGAGUAUGAUGAACAGACGCGUCGGGCUCAAGUUGAAAAGACUAGGAAGGAAAGGAAGGCCAGGGAGGCAUUCAAGGAGCUUUUGCAAUCCCUUGUCGCCUCCGGUGACAUCAAAGCAAGGACCAAAUGGAAAGACGUCUACCCAAAAUUUAAAGAUGACGACCGAUACAUCAACAUGCUCGGUAAUCCAGGCUCAAACCAGAUCGAGCUCUUCUGGGAUGUCGUGGAUACUCUUGAUCAAAAACUUGAUGCGAAAAUUGCUAUUGUCACGAAUGCAAUUGCUAAAGUCGAUGGACCAACGAAGGGCGACUCGGAAGGCAAGGAAGAUGAUGACGCCCCAGAACGUUCUGGUCUCAGUAUAACUGCAACCACGAGUGAAGAAGAAUUUUUAGGCGUCGUAAAGGCCACUCUAAAUGAAGAUGUCAAAAGUCUUAGCAAAGAGGAACUUCAUCUUAUAUUUGGCACGUUGCAUGACGCUGCUGUCAAAAAGCAAGCUGAUGAAAAACGGCGAGCGGAGAGGAAGCAGAGACAUUUGCAAGAAGACCUACGAUAUGCUCUUAGAAAACUUACAGAGCCAUUGGAUCUCAAUCUCUCGUUCGAAGAGGCUGUACCUCUCAUCGAACAUCUGUCCGAAUUUCAAGCCAUUGAAGACGAAGAAAACAGGCGAACUGCCUUCGCUAAAUUUGUUAAGAGACAGAAAGAACGUAUACGUGAGGCUGCUGGCUCCGAAGACGGUGGCUCAACUACGAGUCGAAAACGCAAAGAGCCACCUCGCGCCGAACAGAGCCGUGAGCCCGAACGAGGAGACCGGGAUCGACGCGAUCGUGAUCGUGACCGUGAAUCGUCUUACCGGGAGCGUGAACGCGGCAAAGACCACGAAUCUCGCAACUCCCGUCACUAUAGGCAUGAUGACUACGACCGAAGGGCUUCGAAGGAUUACGAUCGAGACUACAGAUCCAAGCACCACGAGAAGGAUGACCGUAGACGAGAUCGAGACAGAGGUAGGAGGCCGGACUAUCCCUCUAGAGAUUGGGACGAGUCCCAGUAUAGGCGGGAAGAACGAGAAAAAAGUGUCUCUUCUUCGACAUACAAAGACAGAGAUGAACCAUCCAAGUCGGAGAAACGAGAGAUGGAGGAACUACCCAUUGAUGAUAGAGCCGAAAAGCGUCCUCGCUACGAUGAGCCUGCGCCUACCGGAGCAAGUUCUGCGAGGGAGGAUACUCCUGAGGAAGGUGAAAUUUAAAGGACUCGUAUGUACAUACAUAGUCUAUAUACUUUAAAUGGAAAUAUCACUCCGUUGUAUGCGGGCGACGGGAUUCAUCG